GGGAAAGCGUGAAACAGAGGCAAGUAGUUCAGGCCUGUAGAGUAGAAGCACGCAGGAAGCCAGAGAGGACACAGGCUCUUCCUGGAGCUCGCUGAGUCAUUUGUUAUCAGAGGGUCCUCAAUACAAAACCAAGGGGAAAGAUGUCAUGGCGGCCGACUUACCGAAGCUCCAAGUUUCGAAACGUUUACGGCAAAGUGGCCAACCGGGAGCACUGUUUCGAAGGUAUCCCGAUCACAAAGAACGUCCAUGACAACCACUUCUGCGCCGUCAACGCCAAGUUUCUCGCCAUAGUAACGGAGAGCGCCGGAGGAGGAUCAUUCAUUGUUAUCCCAGUUACUCAGUUUGGCCGUAUUGAAGCUCACCAUCCAAAGGUCUGCGGUCACCAAGGCAACGUGCUGGAUAUCAAAUGGAAUCCUUUCCAUGACAACAUAAUUGCUUCUUGUUCAGAAGACUCUUCUGUGCGGAUAUGGGAGAUUCCAGAUGGUGGACUAAGAAGGAAUUUGACGGAAGCUGUAUUAGAACUGUAUGGCCACAGCAGGCGUGUGGGACUUAUAGAAUGGCAUCCAACCUCUAGUGGGAUUCUCUUUAGUGCUGGCUAUGACUACAAGAUCCUUAUCUGGAAUCUUGAGAUCGGUGAGCCAGUGAAAAUGAUUGACUGUCACACAGAUGUGAUCCUCUGCAUGACGUUUAACACUGACGGAAGCCUGCUGGCCACCAGUUGCAAAGACAAGAAACUCCGUGUCAUUGAGCCGCGCUCUGGCAAGGUGCUACAGGAGGCGAAUUUUAAGAACCAUAAAGUGAACCGUGUUGUGUUCCUAGGCAACAUGAAGCGACUCCUAACCACAGGUGUGUCUCGCUGGAACACACGUCAGAUUGCUCUCUGGGACCAGGAGGAUUUGUCGAUGCCUAUCAUUGAGGAAGAGAUUGAUGGACUUUCAGGACUGCUUUUUCCCUUCUAUGAUCCAGACACACAUAUGCUCUAUCUAGCAGGCAAGGGUGAUGGGAACAUCCGGUACUACGAGAUAACUCAGGAGAAACCUUAUCUGCAAUAUCUCAUGGAGUUUAGGUCCCCUGCACCUCAGAAAGGUCUUGGAGUGAUGCCGAAACACGGACUGGAAGUAGGAGCAUGUGAGGUCUUCAGAUUCUAUAAGUUGGUGACUCUGAAGGGCCUCAUUGAGCCGAUCUCUAUGAUCGUUCCAAGAAGGUCAGAAACAUAUCAGGAGGACAUAUACCCCAUGACUGCUGGGACAGAACCUGCUUUGUCAGCUGAUGAGUGGCUUAGUGGAAUCAACCGAGGUCCUGUGCUCAUGUCCUUGAAGGAGGGAUACACACAACCCAAUAAUCUGGUUUUUAAGGCCCCUAUUAAGGAAAAAAAGAGUGUGGUGGUCAAUGGAAUUGACCUGCUGGAAAACGUCCCUCCCCGUACUGAAAAUGAGCUCCUGCGAAUGUUCUUCAGACAGAAGGACGAGUUACGGAGACUAAAGGAUGAACUCACUCAUAAGGACAUUAAGAUCCGACAGCUUGAGCUGGAGCUCAAUAACAUAAGAUACAGCCCAAACAUCAACAACAAUAACAACAGCAAUGGUUGCAGCAUUUGAUAUGGAAUCUGUACUGUCUCUCUUGAUCUCCAUUCCUACGGUAACUGGAGGUCCCCAGCACUGCUGAAAGUCCACAUGGGCUUUCUUUUUCCAAACACACAAAUAUCUAGAAAUCUCAGAAGAUCAAGGCAGUUUCUUUAGCAGUGUUUAACCCCCAGUGUUCGCCCCACAGCUAGUGUGUGCUAAACGGACAUUAACGGCGUGAUGGUUCACUAACCCUGUGAAAAUUCUUCCAUCCAAUGACAUACCUCCAUGAACCUGCAGUGGAUUGAUUCUCCAGAUGUUGUGAAAUGAAGAGUUUCAAGUAAAGAUGCAAAACUCACAUGUACGUACAGGGGAGGUGUGGUUUAAAGGGGGGUGUAGAGGGUUAUGAACCGAGAGGGCUCUUUUUGCUUUUUAACCAUACUUUCUCUCUCUCUUUCUUGCAUAUGGAAGUUUACCGCAAGAGUUAUAGUCUUGCAUUGGGUUGCUUUUAAAAUAACUUGGUACAGGCUAUUGACAUUAUCAUCUCAUCAUUUUAGACUUUGCUUUAUUUAAUUGUUAGUAUUAUUUAUUUCGUUUUUACCUUACCUGAUACAUCAUUGUUAUCAAUAGUUUUAUAAACUCAACAUAGAGCCAUAGCCAUUAAGACAGUAUUUUAAUAAGGUCAAAUAUACAGGCUUUAUUCUUUUCAUUGGACCAUUGAAUAGGCUUGUUAAGUAGUGAUUUCAUGUAAAAUAUCUAAACUCACAGUUAAGUAAUACUACACAAUAGAUCGUAUUUAUCCAAGUGGUCACAAUCUCUGAUAAUUGGGUUUUUACUAACGUGAGCUGGGCACUGUGGCGAACUAUGUGUUGUUCCACGUAGUUUACUUGAAUGCAGAACACAAAAAAAUAUGUUGAAGUCAGUCUAAAGAGUGUUUUAAAUUGGUUUGAGACAAAAUUAAGAGAACCAAGUGAGAGACAUGAACAGCAAGUAAUGUCUAAAUAAAAACAUUAGAGGAAGGAUCUGGAAAAGUUUAAAAAAGAAAGGGACUUAAAGUGAGAGGGACAAAAUUGAGAGAGCGACAGAAAAGAGAGAGAUAGAGUUGUGCUGGUAAAUUCUUGAUUUGGGGCCAGCAAUAAGAUGCAUUUAUGCUGGUACUGUUUUAAAGACUGACUCAAAAGGCAAAAUGAAGAAUUGCUUUUUCUUAACGUUUCAUAAAAAACAAGCCUAUUUAUUGAUUCCAUUAUUUGUGUUUCUUACCUUUUUUCAGCGCGUAUACCUUUAAAAAAUGUUAUUUGUUGAAGAGAUUGAUGCUUAGAAUUAUCCUUCUACAUGUAAUAUUCAAAAAUUUAAUCAUUAUACCGAUUGCUUCUGAAAUUAGAAACCUAAUGAUUGUGCAUUGUAUUCAGCUUUCAAAUUUGAAUGUUUGCCCUUUCAAAUGUUUGAUUGCAAAGUGGACAAAUUAUGCCAAAAAAUACAUGUGUAAUUAAUCACUCCUCCUCUCAAGCUUACCUUAUAAAUUAUAGUCUUGAAAUAGAUAAAGCCAAGAUCUUGAACAGCUAAACUUACCAUUUACUGCACCAGCUGUGAUCAGGUUUUCGAGCGUUAUCAACAUUUUCUUCCCUAAUCUUUACUAAAAUGUUCUGAUUGCUCAAUUCAUUAAUGAUCCAUUGAUUAUAAAUUAGGCCUCAGACCCCCAUUGACCAGCGUGUAAUACAAGUGGCUGUCAAAGUUAACUUUGUAUACAGCCAAUGAGUGUUUUCUUGCAUUUACUGUUUAGUGAAACACUAUGAGCCUCAAGCUUUGUAAAUAGUUUGCCUCAUAAAACAAUAACGCAAACUCCUGUGAGCUCCAGCUUCAUUUUUGCCUAGUCUUGCCUUGUGAAAGAAAGGGUGCACUUUGAGGAGUCCGACACUAGGGGGCAGUAAAAGCACAGUCUUGCAGAUAGCGACGCAAAGGCCUACGCACUGUGAUACAGCAUACUACACAGCAUACUAAUAUUGCUACAUUGAAACAUUCGAGCAAUUCAGACAUUGUUACAGUGGUGCAGUGGGGACACUUAGUACCUUGGCCUUUUACUCACUGCUUAAAUUAGUAUUUGUGUGGGCCUAAAACAUUGUUGUCACACUGAGCUGUACAAUCCAAGUUCUCUCAUGCUCUAUAGUGGAUAGUCUAUAAAACUGUGCAAAUUUGGAUGUUACUGGUGUGAAGUGCCUUAAUAUCUAUGAAAAUGUCUGGCCCCUUUGUUUGGUUAAACACUGUCUACACAAACAUGAGUUUGGUUAAGAUUUAUAAGGGACGACAUUAGGCUAACCUGUCUUCGAAUAAAUUGAAGUACAUUUAUAGGUUAUCUCUAUUUCUGCGAUUAACAGUCUGACUACAGCAUACCAAGCAGAAUAAAAAGGCCUUUCUGAAGAGGAAAACUACAGCUGCUGUAGUUGAAACCUAUUGUUGUCUUGACUCAUUGAAGCGGUCUGUUUCAACCAAGCAAUUAAAGCAAGGCACCUCAUAUAAACUGAGAUACGACUUCAAUGCUUGUAUGUUUAAAUUAACACAUGCUUUCAAAGUAAAUCUUAAAUUUUGACAAAAAUGCUGACUUCUGUACAUGAGCAAUCUGAAAGUCUUCUUUUUAAUAAAAAUUUCAACCAGAACGACCUGACAACUGGAUACAGCGCAGUUAGAUUACGUAUACUUGUUUUCUAAACCAUCAGCCAGUCAAUUAUAGGUAUUUACAUAAUAUCCAGUUAUGUAUCAUCAAAACAAUACACAAGCUAUUUUCCCUGAGCGUCACAAUGCAAUUUAACCUCAAAAUCUUAAAUUAGCCCAAAAUAUCAGUGGCAACAUUAAACAUUUGCCAUCUUUUAACAAGACUCGAAGAACACAGCCAUUACAAUAUGUGGAGGUUCUAUGGCCAAAAAUAUGUUGGCUGCUAGAACAGAGAUAUUUCAAAUUACCAUACAGGUGCUUGUUUUCAUUCAUUUUAUUACAGUUAAUGGUUACAACUGAGAUUAUUUGUGAAAAUGUCUGCCAUUAUCAAAGGGAAUCAGAAAAAAAAUAUAUUUGGUCAUUAUUUACAAAGAACACGAAACUUCUGAACUAUCCACACAAGGGAGAAAGGGAUUUGGGACUCAUUUGACAAGGGCAGACAUUCGGCUCUGAACAUUAAAAUAAAAAAGGAAUAAAAUAAAAUCACAUUGAGAGGUUGAACUGUGCAUGUCCAGAUAGACAUCAUGAUAUAUUCUUCAUGCCCAAACAGCAUGUCACAUGGUGGUGAUGAUGACGAGAAUGAUGAAAACGCCAAAAGAAACGCAUUACACAAAUAAAAGAUGCAAUAAAAAAGUGGGUUAGAAAAUGUUCUUCAUUGAAAUCCAGUAGUCAACUUUAAAAUAGAGUCAGCCAUGCACUUCUAAAAGGUUUUUGGUUUUUUUUAAUUCAUAAGUCAUCACCAGCAUUUAGGCAUCAACAGCAAAGAGGGCAAAAUUACAAAGAGCAUACUGGUCUUUUUCAAACAAUAAUAAUUUUCCACACGGUCUUGUCAGCCAUGAAGAGCUUUCGGAGAUAAUGAAGGGAAUCAAACUGAAAGUACAAACCAAACCAAAAGAAAAAAAUAAAAAUAAAAU